UGGGUGACUGGGAGAACUGGGCCGCGUCGGUUCUCUCGUCACUUUCGCUUUGGAGCGCAGUUACCGAGCGGACUAAAUUCAGUGCGCCAGGGACAGAGAAAGACUCAGUCGUGACCAUGCUGAGUCUAUCCAGAGCGCCUCUUUGUUUUUGUUUGUUGGUACUGUUGGAGGCAGCUGUUCACCGGGGAACAUGUUCACCGGCUCAAGGUUUCGAUGAAGAUGCUUUCCAAAUUCAGCACAAGAGCACAGGGAAGUGCCUGGGUGCAUGGGGUCAGGGAAACCUGAGCCUCACCACCUGCGACCCAGCCAGCGAGUCCCAGCAGUGGACGUGGGGUGCAGAUCACCGUCUCUUUCAUGUGGGGACAUCGCUCUGCAUGGCGAUAGACAUCCCCUCCAGGAUGCUGACUAUGUUCGACUGUGGCUCCAACAACCUGCUGUGGUGGCGCUGUUUGGAUGGGACUGUUUACACCGUUUAUCAGAUGCUUCUUACGGUCAGCAAAGGGGAAGUAGCACUCAGACGGGAAAGUAAUGAUACUUGGGUAAGAAAGGGAUCCCAAGACAACAUCUGCCAGAGGCCAUAUCGUGUCGUCCACACCACCAAUGGGAACUCUGCCGGCGCCCCCUGUGAGUUCCCCUUCAAAUACAAUGACAGCUGGCACCAUGGAUGCCUCACUGAUACAGAAUUCCCCGGACUGUCUUGGUGUGCCACCACCUCAGACUAUGACCAAGACAAAAAGAAGGGACACUGUCUAAAACCUGAGGAGGGCUGUCAAACUCUGUUUACCGGACCAGACGGGGAUUCGUGCUAUGAGUUUGUCUCCAAUGUUGCAGUGACCUGGCACGAAGCUCUGGAUUCGUGCCGCAGUCAGGGAGCUGAUCUGCUUAGUUUGUCUGGGCCUGAUGAUCUCAACUCCACAAUCUUACUGGAUGGCCUUCACAGCAUGCCUGAGAAAAUGUGGAUUGGCCUUCACCAGUUAGAUUCUUCUCAAGGAUGGCAGUGGUCGGAUGGCUCUCCUCUCUCCAUGUUGCGCUGGGAACCAGGAAUGCCACCCAACUCCACAAUCAUUGAGUCAGACUGUGGAGUCCUGAACUCUAAAAACAACUAUGAAACUCUGGCAUGUAACAAGCGGCUGCCAUACAUCUGCAAGAAGAGACUCAAUGCCACUGAGACGGCAACAGCAGAUUUUGUCUAUAACGAAACAGUGUGUCCAGACGGUUGGGUGCCAUGGAACGGAGUUUGUUACAAAUUAGUGAAGGACAAGCCAAAAAACUUCAACGAAGCCCAGAAGUACUGUAAAGAUAUAGAAGCAGGAGUUUUAGCCAGUUUCCACUCGAUUGACAGCAAAGAGAUGCUCAGCACUAAUUUCCAUCAAGAUGGCAAUACUUUGGAUGUGUGGAUUGGUCUGAGGGGCUUCGGCAUGAACCCUACUGUCUUCAGUUGGAGUGACGGGCUACCCGUAACCUUCACUUACUGGAGCCAAUCACACCCGGUCCAGCCUACUCAGGAUCCUAACUGUGUCUCUUACACUGGAAAGUUUCAUGCUUGGCGGAUUGAGAACUGUGCGCAAAUGCUGCCUUUCAUGUGUCAGAAGAAAGGAAAGUUCAAUGAAUCAGCAGUACAGAUCGGAUGUAACCUGGAUGAUGGUUGGAGGAGACAUGGCAACUCCUGUUAUCAAGUGAACUCCAAACAAGUGUCCUUCAAAGACCGGUGCAACAUCACUAUAAGAAACAGGUUUGAACAGGCUUUUAUUAACCAUCUGCUUCAAAAGACGACAGGCAAGGAAACUCAGUAUUAUUGGAUAGGGAUGCAGGACACCAAGAACACUGGGGAGUACCAGUGGGUGAGCAAAGAUGGAUCAGUGGAUGUGGCAAAAUACACCAACUGGGGCUGGUUUGAACCAGAUCAUCACGGAGGGUGUGCUGUUAUUUCCACUGCAAAACCUGUGGGCAGGUGGGAGGUGAAGAACUGCACUCUUUUCAAGGCCGGCACUAUUUGUAGAAGAGACCUCUACACACCUCCCCCCCCAGAACCAGAACCAGACCCUAAUGCAACCUGUCCUAAUGGCUGGGUGUCCAGGCCAGGCAUCAAAUACUGCUACAAGGUGUUUCAUAAAGAAAGGCUGAGCAGGAAACGCUCCUGGGAGGAGGCCAUGAGAUUCUGUCAGGCUCUGGGAGCCAAUCUGCCCAGCUUCACAAACUGGGAAGAGAUGAAAGCCCUACACAUCAUUAUGAGAGAAACUAUCAGUGAUAAUCGGUACUUCUGGGUUGGCCUGAACAGAAGAAACCCAGCAGAUCUCUCCUGGCAGUGGAGCGACGGGCGGCCUGUAUCUCUGAAUGUUUUACAUGAAGAUUUCCACAAGGAUGAUGACUACAAUCGGGACUGCACUGCAUUCAAGACAGUGAAGAACAACUUGAAACACAUGUUUUUCUUUCUGCUGCACGACUUACCUCCCACACCUUUCUACCCCACACCCUUUCACUGUGACGCGCAGCUGGAGUGGGUCUGCCAAAUACCUCGUGGAGUGACACCAAAAAUCCCAGAUUGGUACAAUCCCGAUGGGCAUCAUAAUUCAUUCUUUGUGGAUGGAGCAGAGUUUUGGUUGUUGAUAAACCGUGCUCAAUUUCACGAGGCGAAGCUCUUUUGCAAAUCGCAAAACGGUAAACUGGCAACUCCAGCUACCCCCACUGCUGCUUUCAAAAUCCAGGAAUCGAUACAAAAAUUAUCAAAUCCUACGGCACAAAGCUGGUGGAUUGAUAUGAGAGACCCUGGAAGCAUAUUCCCAUGAUGUAAGUACAACUCUUUAUACCACCGCCAUUUAUUUUCCAUGGAAAGAUGCACCUACAUCACCCCUAAAAGUUCCUUUCCAGAGUCUGAUCGCAGCUGCCUUGAGCCUUUUCCAUUUGUGUGUGAAAGAAGGAACAUCACAUCAGUGGAGAAGAACCCUUGGGAGCCUCAGCCUGGAGGACUGCCCUGUGGAAAUGAAUCUGUCGCCUUCAGAAAUAAAUGCUACACACUGAUGAGCAGUACAAGUCCUCUCUCCUUCCAAAAUGCCAAUGAUGAAUGCCGAUCAGUGAAGGGAACCUUGGUCACUAUCUCUGAUCAGGUGGAACAAGACUUCAUCAACACCCUCCUGCUGAGCGUGAAAGGCAUGAACAGAACAUGGAUUGGUCUGAAGAUCCAGAAGAACGUACCUUCAUGGGUUGACGGGUCCUCGGUUAACUACAUAAAUUUCAACUCUCUGCUUCUGGGCAUGCACAAGGUCGUGGAGGUUAAACCGUGGGAUCCGGAGAGUUUUGUGUGUGCGUUUAUGCUCCAUAACUCCAAGUCUGAUAUGCUGGGUACCUGGGACUAUACCAGCUGCACACAGCCUCUACAGCUGGCUGUUUGCCAACACUAUGCAGAUAAACUAGAGGAGCCCCACAUCCCCACAGAGACUUUCAUUGUCAAUAACCACACCCUGCUGCUGCUGGUCAAAAAUCUCACCUGGUCGCAGGCUUUAGAGGAGUGCAGAAAAAACGGCAUGGACCUGGCAAGCGUGGCCGAUAACUACAUGCAGUCCAUCCUCACUGUGAACGUGAGCCGUGCAAAAACACCCAUGUGGAUUGGCCUAUUUAGCGAAGACGAUGGGAUCCACUACCACUGGAGUGACCAUAGUCACACUGUGUUCAGUCGCUGGCCUUCCGAUGUCACUAGUGGCGCUUGCGUUUAUGUGGACACCGAUGGUUUCUGGAAAGCCACUGAGUGUGAGGACACGCUAGGAGGGGCUAUUUGCCACAAAUCAAGGAAUGAGAACCUCCCUACACCAGAGGAUCCUUUAGUGAAGUGCCCCCAUAAAAAAAAUGGUCCAAACUGGAUUCCCUGGAAGAAUAACUGCUACUCCUUUCAGCUAGUUGGCUCCAGAUGGGAGUCAUUUGAUCAGGGACGCAUUGAGGAUACCUGCAGAAAAAUUCAUGCAGAUGCAGAAAUCCUGACUAUCCGAAAUGCAGAAGAGAAUGAGUUUAUCAAGAACCAGCUGCUGCCAUUUGAAUCAUUGGUCCAGUUUGUAUGGCUGGGAUUGUUCAAAGAUAACAAUGAUAACCAGACAAGGUGGUAUGAUGGCACAAAUGUCCAAUAUUCCAACUGGGCGAAUGGUCGACCAGAUUUUAAUGGGCCUUUCUUGGCUGGUCUCACAACUGAUGGCACAUGGAUUCUCAUUCAAAGCCAAAGGCUAUACUCAGUAUUCAAACAGAAGACAAUUGUGGGCUGCAAACUGGACUAUGAACCCAAAAAGGAGUACAACAACUCAGCCGUGAAUUUUCAGGACUAUGGUACCUUAGCUUAUAGGGUUGUGACCCGUAAGUUGAAUUGGUACCAGGCUCUAGAAGAAUGUGGUAAGCUUGGAGGCCACUUGGCAAGUGUCCAUGACAUGCAGCACAAUGUACAUCUGGGGCUAAUUUCCAAGACAGAUGGCUUCUCGCUCUGGAUUGGCCUGUCCAACCAUGAUGUCAAUGGUUCAGCCUAUGAAUGGUCUGAUGGAACAAAAUUUGACUACAAUGCCACCAUCUCCAACUCAAGCAGGAGCUCCAGCCCAGUCAAACUAGAGGCUACCUGUGUUUAUAUAAACACUACGGGAGCCUGGGUAAGGACCAGCUGCGAUGCUACGAUAGACGGCGCCAUCUGCUACACAACUAACGUCACUUCCACUUUCCAAAGAGCCAAACUGAAAGAUGGCCCAGUAGCUAAUAAUUGCCCUCAAAGUGAUGGUAAGUCCAAGUGGGUUCAACACAAGGAUCACUGUUACGCCUUUGACAUGAGCUUCUACAACUACACACUCUACAGCAUGGAGCAGGCCAGGACUGUCUGUCAGGAAAUGGAUUCUCAACUACUGACCAUCAAAUCCAAAGAGGAGAAUGAUUUUCUGGCCAAGUACAUUACUGAACACCCUCUUAUCACCAGUCAAGUGUGGCUCGGCAUAGAUCUCGAUUCUCAAGGUAAGCCUGUAUCCUGGGUGGAUAGCUCUCCUCUGGAAUACUCUAACUGGAAUUCCAUUACUGGGCAGAAGUCUGAGCCCCAGUGUGCCAUCAUGACGGCAGACAAUGGUGGAACCUGGAAUCUGGUCAGCUGCAAGACUAGACACAGCCGUGCUGUUUGCAAAACUAAACCAAAGUCUGCAGGCUCCCCGGUGGCAUUGGCCUUCUUCAUCAUGGUCCUCCUCGCUCUCCUUAUAGCCGUCGGCUUUGUUGUCUACAAGAAAAAAAGAACCCUCCUCUCCUCUCCUGUACGCUACGAGAGGGCACUAGAUGAUAUGGACACCACCAGUAUAAUAGAUGGAGAGUGAGCCUGUUUCAAGUUUGCAGCCUCAGGAAGUAUUGAUAUUGCCUGCCUCAUGUUUUUUUAUUUUUUUAAUGUAGCCUUUCCUCCUUUUAAAAAAAAAAUUUAUGUUGCUCAAGCCAAACUUUUUCUGUUUUAAGUAUGUAAAUAUUGUUUGAGAAUUGUGAAUAUCUGCCAAUCAGUUUCUUAAUUUGGGUUCUUUAAUAAGAGCAGCACAUUGUACUUUAUUUCAGUGCUUGGGCUAAUUUUUCCUGAAAAAUAUUUUGGGUUUUUUGGAGGGGUUUGACUGCCAAAAAUGGGAUUUUGAGCUGAAACGUAUACAAACUGCAGCCUUAACAGGUAAAAUUGCACUGAUACAUGAGUGACUUCAAACAUUUACAAAUGUUUGUUUC